UAUAAGCACAUGAUAAUCUUAUCAUAGAUACUUUGAUUUUUUUUUUAUCACGAUUUUGAAAUGUUAGUCACGUGUCACAAAAUAAAUAGAAUUAGUGAGAAUGAUAUAAAUCAACGAAACUUGAGGAGAGUAAGAUCAGUAAUGUUAAAAUGUGAAAUGGUAUCGACUCUGUGCGGCAUAACUGAGUGAUUCGAUUUAAAUUUGUUUUUGCUAAUCACGUAUGGAUAAAGGUUUUAUUUUUGUGUACGGAAAAUGACUGCAGCACCGAACACAAGCACAAGCAAACCUCCAGGUAUCGAAUUUGUAAUUGGAGGAUUAGCGGCAGUGGGAGCUGGAUUUUUUACAAAUCCAGUUGACGUAAUUAAAGUACGUCUACAAUUACAAGGGGAAUUAGAAGCACGAAACACGUACAAAAAAAUAUAUAAGAACACUGCGCAUGCGGCAUAUUUGAUAGCGAAACAUGAGGGUAUAUUCGCUUUACAAGCUGGUAUUGUACCAGCCCUUUAUUUUCAAGUGGUUCUCAAUGGAAUACGGUUAGGUGUUUAUAACACGGCAAAGAAGUAUGAGCUUAUUACUAACAAUAAAGGGAAUACCGACAUCUUAAAAACUGUAAUGGUAACCGGAACAGCUGGAUGUGUAGGAGCUGUUCUUGGUAGUCCUUUCUAUAUGAUAAAAACGCAAUUACAAUCACAAUCGGCACAGUCUAUAGCUGUUGGAUAUCAGCACAAUUAUUCGGGUACCUGGAUUGCGAUUAAAUCUCUGUGGAAAGAAGGUGGCAUUUUCGCUUUGUAUCGUGGCUGGUAUGCCAACGUACCACGUAUUUUUGUUGGAUCUGCGACACAGUUGACUACCUUUGGAUUAACCGCGGAUUGGCUACGCUCGUUAAAAAUAUUUACAGACCAGCCACUACUUUUGACAUUUUUCGCUUCUCUAAUCGGUGGAAGUUGUGUGGCUCUUACCAUGCAACCAUUUGAUGUUUUAGCAACGAGAUUGUACAAUCAACGAACGGACGCAGCUGGAAAAGGGAUGUUAUACAAUGGACUUUUGGAUGCGUUCAUUAAAAUAUUACGGACAGAAGGACUGACUGGUUUAUACAAAGGAAUUUUUCCAACAUGGAUGAGAAUAGCACCGCACACCGUACUAUGUUUAGUUUUUUAUGAAAAAUUAGAUCAAUUGUAUAACAAAUUUUGAAAUCAACAUUUAUAAACCUUAAUUUUAAAUUUCGUUACAUGCGUAUUGUAUAUUAUACUAGUAAGAAAAAUGUUGUAAUUUUAAAAGUAUUGCAUAAAGUAUGAUAUAGCAAAAAAGAAUAAAUUAAUUUCUUACACGGGCA